AUGGUUACGUUUGCCCCAAAAGCGGGUCACGUGCCCCCAAUAAACAACGUAAACGUUAAACUCCUGCGUACAAGCAGGUCUGUUUGUCCACCGACGGCCUCACCAAAACGUCAAUUUGACCUCAUCGUAGUCUGGAAGUCCGCCGUCUACAACUUUGAUGACCGGGAACGUAUCCGCCAGUAUUAUCACGAUCUAGACCAACAGACGAACCUCAAGAUUGGCAUGGUCUUUUCUCUCGGCUUGCCUCGUUCCAGUGGCGGUGCACUCUUCCACAUGAAUGGCUUCGACAUUCAACUACCCGAGCGUGCGGGCCAGGCGCUAAAGACCUGGGAGGGUCGGGCUAAGGAGGCGUUGAAACGCCUGACUGCCGAGUCCGAUCGCUACGGCGAUAUCAUCCUAGGCGACUACUUGGAUACCUACUUGAACCUGACUCUCAAGAUGAACACCAUGUUUCGGUGGGCGAGCAGCUUCUGUCGUCAUCAGACGCUCGCCUUCUUCUUCAUCGACGAUGACUACCUCUUCUUCCCUCAGCGUGUUGAGGCCUACCUGCGCUCGAUUGAUCCCGAAAGGCUGCCCAGUUUGUACAGUGGCCAGAUGCUGCGCAACUACCGGGUCAUUCGACCGCAUGUGGACCCCCGACAGAACAAGUAUGCCAGCAGUGAGGACGAUGUACCCUGGCUGGUGUAUCCACCUUACCUGGCGGGCCAACACUUCUUCAUCGGUCCCCAGGCGCUCUCUGACCUAGUGGUAGCCAUGGCCUACACGCGCUACCACUCCCUCGAUGACACCUUCCUGGCCUUCAGCCUGGCUAAACUGCCCUACCAAAUGGAGGUGAUGCCGGCCCUGUUGGUCAGACCGCAUGACUCUUACUCCUGGCUUUACUGGCUAACUGUGAAGCUGGAGGCCUUCUUCAAGUCCGUGGAGGCUGUCUUCUUGACAAAUCCUGAACCCACGUUCCUCUUUGACGUCCAAACUCUCUAA